UUUCUUCUUCUGGGCAAGAUGGCAACCCUGCAGCCUUACCCCCUCAGCCGGGCUGCUCUCAAAGCACCAGUGGGGCUUCUGCAGCUCCACAGAAAGUUAGCGUAAGCAAGGAUGAAGCCAAGGAUCUACCACAAGAUAAAUGUGCAACAACUGGGACUGAAGGACGUAAGGAUACUAAGGAGCAGUAUCAGUCCAAGCCUAGUUCUAGUUGCAAUGAAAGACGAUCUUCCCGAGACAGGGAAAGACUGUACUCUAGCUCUGGCAGAGAUAGAGAAAGACACUACAGGGAUAGGAGUCACGAACGAGAAAGCGACAACGAUCGUCACCGGUACAGACGGGACUACAAAGACGGUCACCACCGCCAGUACAGGGAUCGUUUCCCCCUUUCUGGACGUUACUACAGGGAAUGGGAGGCCGAUCGUCACCGGGAGCGAACCUUCCAGCACCCUCGGGAGCGUGAUCGCGACAGGUGCUCUAACCAUUACCAUUACUACCGCUACCGGUCAAGAGAGGACAUUGACCAUGAGCGAAGGGGAUAUGGUUACUCCCACCGAGAGGAGUCUCGUGGCAGUCGGAGGUGGCUGCAGGAUAGUAGAGACUCCUGGGCAAUGAAGGAUAAGAGUAAUGGCAAAGAGAGAGAAAAUUACUCCUCAAAGGAAGGAAAUUUCUCACCUUCUACAGCACCAGAAACAAACAAGUUCAAGGGCUCCCCGCCACGGGCUCGCCUUUCCUCUCCAGACAAAGAGGAUCAAAAUUGCAAGAGGACUCUCAGCAAAGACAGGGACGACAGCUCUGAGGCCCGCCACACUAAAAAACACAAAAAGAGUAAGAAAAAGAAGAAAUCAAAGGAUAAAGACCGACACCGUGAGAGUGGAAGUUCUGACGGAGAUUCAGACAGAACUGCGGAAAUGAAGAAGAAAAGGAAAAAGAAGAGACAUCGGGACA